UUCGUUAGUUUAUAUUAAAAAACAUGUCAAGCUCACGGUUAAAUUAUCAAAUUGUAUGGUCUCCGCAUGAAGACAAUUUAUUUUUGCUUGGGUCAAGUAAUGAUUUGAGGUUAUAUGAAUAUACGCCCAAGGGAUCAACAAAAUUGAAUUUUGUAAGUCCCUUCGUAACGGCAAUGACACAAAUGAAGUGUUUUGAUUGGUCACCUGAUCCCGCUUUUCCAAGCAUUGCAGCAGGAUUUGCGAAUGGCAAAAUAGUUCUUAUGCUUAUCAAUCUUCGUGAUGAAUCAUCAUCUUCCACUCAACAACAACAACCUUAUGUGAUAAAUUCUAAAAAUACAAAACCGUGUAACAAAGUAGUAUUUUCAUCAGAUCCAAGAUUACUAGCAACCGGAUUUGACAAAGGUAGAAAUGAUCAUGGUUUAUUAAUCUGGGAUGUUGAAAAAGCAAAAUCAUCUUCGUUAAUAAAUGGAGAUAAAGAUCAUGGUAGUGAUACUCCCGCGGAGGUUUCUAAUAAAGCUACUGGUAAUGGCCCCGUCGGAUUUUGUAGAGUUGAGGAUAAUUACCCUUAUGACAUGGCAAGAUUCGGAGUAUUUGAUCCUUCGUUGGUUUCAAAACCUUUACCUACACUAAGAUUUGAUACACGUAAUGAUGCUAUUCACAGUUUUGGAUUAUCGGAAAAUGUCAAUUCUAUAAGCUGGUUUCAUGCUAAUUCGAACCAAUUGGUUUCUGGAAUGUCAGGAAGAUGUUUAAGGAUUUUUGAUUUAAGAUCUUCAGAUCCUUCUAUUACAAUAACAACCAAAGCUGUUUUUGGAGUAAAAACUGACCCGUAUAAUGAUCAUAGAUUUGCUAGUUUUGAAGACGGUUAUAUUGGGAAUAUAUUUUUAUGGGAUGAUCGUAAGGCCACGGAAGCAAUCCUAAGUAUAUCCACCGAGUCACGCCCAGUUCAGAUUUCAUUUUCAACAUCACGAUCAGGUUUAAUAGCGUCUUUGUCUAAUGAUGCUUCUUAUGUAACAUUAUAUGAUAUAAAAGAAACUACACAUAACUUGUCCGAUUUCGGUGAAAUUUCUCUUGAUCAUCUUAAUAAUGGAUUUGGUGGUCAUGGAGGAGGCGGUGCAGGAUCGGUUCCAUUUAAUGAGAAAAGUGGAGUUGGUUCUGGUGGAAGUACAUUUAGUUUUGGCAACAAAAUAGAUGAGGAACUUGAUACUCCUAUAUUAUGGAAGUCCAGAAGAACACAAAGAUCAUCAAAGUCUCUCAUAUCUUUUGCUUGGAUACCAACUAUUUCGACAACUCAUUCAUAUCGUUUAUUAGCAAUAAACAAGGAGCAAACGUUUGAAACAAUUGCAUUAGAGGAAAGUCCAAAUUUUGAUUGGGAUCCACAGGGAAAUAUAGCAAUAUUUAAUCAUAAAAAAAAAAUUAAUGAUGAAAUUCACGAUAAUGUCAGUAAUAAUGAUAAUCGGCAUUAUGAAAUCGAAAAUAAUGAUGAAUCUAAUUUAUACCAGCAUAAUAACAGUAGCGGGCAUAAACAUCGCGUUUCCUUAGAUUUGAAGACAGAUAAUGAUUAUAGCGGGAAUAGGACACCCAGACCCAGUGAUUCUUCUAAAAGUGAGAUUAUGCUGAACAAUCAAUUAAGAGGUAUAAUGACGCAUCGAUCUCAUGAUGACAUGGCAAAAAAAGAUGAUAAGAAAGAGUUGUUAAUGUCACCUUUAAAGACAUUAAAGGAAUUGCAAGAAGAUAUUUCAUUUGUGAUGCGUAAAAGAGCUAGAGAAGGAUAUUCUAUGGAUUGUCGAAUUAAUGAAGAAAUCGUAAAGGAUUCUCCAAAAUUAAAAGCAUUAUGGGCUUGGAUAGCUCAUGCUGAAAAAUCUGCUUUAGAAGGAAGAAAUAGUGAUUUUAAUUUUCAGGGAAUUCAUUCAGUAUGGACAGCGUCUACAAGUGGUAAAAAAACAUCACCAAUGACAACGCCUAAGUCAUCUCCGCCAAGACCAUCCGAAAGAUUCGAUCAAAUAAUUGAUGCAAAUGAACUUUCUAUUGCAGUAUCAACAUCUAAAUUACCACAAAGAAAGUUGGCAUUGACCAUAUGUGGAUGGGGUUUUGGAAAAAAAGAAUUAGAAGAAGCACUUCAAAAAAUGGAACGUGCGGGUACUUAUGAAAAAGCUGCUGGAUGGGCAUUAUUUCAUGGUAAAACUGAGAGAGCUAUUGCAGCAUUAAAUAAUAGCAAAGAUGAACGAUUGAAAUUAGUAUCUACUGCAUUGGCCGGUUAUGCUGUUAGUAAUCAUGAUACAUCCUCUCAGGCAAAUUCACUUUGGAGCAAAAUGUGUAGGAAUUUAAGUCUCGAAAUGAGCGAUCCAUAUCUGCGAGCGAUGUUUUCAUAUAUUGCAUCUGGAAAUUGGUUGGACGUAUUACAAGAAAAAGAACUUUCUUUACAAGAUCGAAUUGGCAUUGCAUUGAGAUUUUUGGACGAUGAAGAGCUUAAUGAUUUCUUGCAUAACACAACCGCAAAAGUAAUUUUAGACGGUGAUAUAGAUGGUGUCAUUUUGACUGGUCUUACAUCGGAAGGCGUUUCAUUAUUUGAAAAUUAUAUAAAUAAUACAUGUGAUGUUCAGACAGCAAGUCUAGCGCUGAGUUUUUGUGUUCCUAAAAAAUUCAAAGAUACGAGAGUAAUGAAAUGGAUAGAAAGUUAUCGUACGUUGCUAGAUCAAUGGGAAAUGUUCCAUAUACGAGCAAAAUUUGAUAUUACUCGUGGUAAACAUAUGGAGUCCUCAACAUCAUCGGCGGCAGAUAUGGUGCCACCACAAGUUUACGUAAGAUGUAAUUUUUGCUGCCAAAGCGUUUCACACAGUUUAUGGAUAGGUAUGAAAAAAGAUAGAGUCACUUUACCUCCAUAUUCUGGGGCAUCUGGAAUGAUUUUCAGACAAAAGCCCACAAGUUGUCCUGGGUGUCGAAAAUCUUUACCUCGAUGUUCUAUAUGUUUAUUAAGUCUUGGAACACCCACUGAUGAAAACGUAACCGCUAACUUACAACAUGGAUCUUCAAAUGAUAAACCAUCUGGAUUCGAUCUAUGGUUUACGUGGUGUCAAUCAUGUCGUCAUGGAGGACAUGCUAUACAUAUGUUACAAUGGUUUCAAAAGCAUAAAGUAUGUCCCGUUAGUGAAUGUCCAUGUGAAUGUGAAAUAGUUGUAUAGAAUUGAUCGAUUACUUAAUUAGUAUUAAAUGUUAAAAUUUGUAUUUAUAUAAUUAUUUAUUCAGACUUAAUAAACAUAAAUAUAUAUUGUUAUUUAU